AAUGAUUUUAUUAUUAGCGAGGGAGGGCGAUCCAUCCAAGUUCCACUAUCUUCCUGUUCGCAUUUGACUUGAUUUUACAAAAGCUGAAACCCCUCAGAUUAAAAAAAUGAUUUCCAUUGAAGAAAUUCCAACAAAAAAGUAGCAUGCGUUGGCUCUGUUCUUAGCAAGUGAGUCCCUGUGUGAUCAAAUAAAUUGAUCACACAAGUGUUAUAAAUUGAAACCUCUAUCUUCCUUCCUUGUACGCAUGCUUAACUUCUUGGGGUGUCCUCUAUAACUGUACUGUAUUGUUGUUCAUGCUCUCUAGCAAUGAAUUCCCAUUACACUACAAUUCGACUAACAAUGUUCGUCAUAGUGUUGAUGUCAGUUAUGGUUAGCUUAGCAAUGGCAGAGAAGGACAAAGAUACUGAAGAAUGUGCAGAGCAGCUGGUAGGACUGGCUACAUGUCUGCCUUAUGUUGGAGGAGAUGCCAAAGCUCCCACCCCAGAUUGUUGUAAUGGUCUAAAGCAGGUUCUGAAGGACAACAAAAAGUGCUUGUGUGUCAUUAUUAAAGACAGGAAUGAUCCUGAUUUGGGUCUCAAGAUCAACGCCACUCUUGCUUUGAGCCUCCCUUCUGUUUGCCAUGCCCCUGCCAACGUUUCCCAGUGCCCCGCUCUUCUCAACCUGCCUCCUAACUCACCAGACGCUCAGAUUUUCUAUCAAUUAGCAAACAGCUCUAAUCAUACUGCCAGCAGCCCCGCUCUCAGCCCCAGCCCUGGAGGUGCCCAGCCCCAGGGAAGAAGUGCUCAACAAGAGAGCCAUGGAUGCCACAGUGGGAAGAUAAACUUUGGCUUGGAGAUUGUUUCUUUAGGGGUUUUAGGUUGGUGUUUCAAUAUCUAUUCACACUUGUCCAUGUAGGCAUCCCAUCCUCUAUAUAUAUAUAGAUCUUGAAUUCAAUCUUUUGAGAAAAAAGCGAAAUAAGGACUGGCUUUUGUAAAAGUAAUGCUGAAUUUCAACCUGCUAGUUAUGAUUUUGGACUUGGUGAAGCCGAGAAAACACAGAGGACGGGCUAUUCACACUUGUUAGCCUCCCUCUCUCUCUCUCCUCAUUCAAAUGAAAACAACACCUCGUCUUGGAUGCAUGAUUAUU